AUGGCUCAGCGACGACCACGGCCCAGAAUUGCCAUGGUUGUCGAGAGCAACUCGAGUCAAGAGCCUCCUCGAAUUCGCCUGCCGUUUUGUGAUGUUGCCGUCAUUGAUCCCGUCAUGGUCGAAGAUAACAAGAGCAAAAGGAGACGAGAAACUGUCAGAUCAAGCUGGCUCAGCGGUGACCAUGGCCCAGAAUUGCCAUGGUCACCGAGAGCGGCUCGAGUCGAGUUCCUCCUCUUCUCCUGCUGCCGUUUUGGUUUGGCCGAGAUUGGAAUUGUGAGACUUUUUGAAAUGCUUGAAAAGUGGCAAGCAGCCUCCAAUCUCGGAGGGUUCAGCUGCGAUUGCUUGUGA